AUGGCGCAGGGCCUGUUUGUGCUUGUCGUCGAGUCACAGAUCGUGUAUGAUUGUCACGACGUCUCCCUGACUGAAGCGAAUCAGAAGGUGUCGAUUUCAACUCAUGGCUGGAAUAGCACAGACAUCGACUCUGGCCCGUCCAUAUUGACAUUCUUCUGCUGGAACCUCACCACUCAAAAUGAGCGUCAGUUUCGAGCAACCUGUCAGUACCAAUUAACUGAGCCUGAUUCGUACUUCUUUAGCCUUUACCUCAACUUCGGGAAUAUUUUCUCUAGUUUUGAUUGGUUUCCUAGAGAGUUUGAGGCCACGGGACCGCAGCUUACGAUCUCGGUUGCCCUUGCUGAUCCCUUUGCGUCCAUGGCGUGCAGGAUCCAAUCAGUGCCCGACACAGGCGACUCACUUUGCGGUCCCGGAAAUAUCAACUUGACAGACGAGUACUUGCUCAACAUCUCUGAACCUGCUAACCGCUUGUUUAAAGAGUGCGUGUGGUUGGUUACCAGCGACCCCGAUAAAACCAUCUUCAUCGAUGUCUUGAGGUUGGAUCUCCAUCACUACAGUCAGCGGUUGGCAUUCGGGCGCGGCCACGACCCCACCAACGACUCUUCUCAGUUUCUGGCGAUCGAUUCGACCAUUUACCAGCCGAUCAUUGGCACAACGUUCUUUUUGACAGGAGAGACUCGCCUUUGGAUCACUUUCUCUUCUUCUCUGCACGACGACAACGGCAACGACCCGGCGACACAAGAGUUGCUUCUCCGGGCGGAGAAUUACACUGGAGAAGUUCAUUGUAGAUCGGGUCAGAUCUUGUGCCGGAAAGACUCCAAGUGUCUCCCUCUUCAUACUUUCUGUGACGGCAAGAAACACUGCUCAGAUUUUGUUGACGAGGCCGGAACCUGUGAUCGGUGUGGGAUAUCGGACAUCUCUCUACGAUUCGGCCAGCCGAUCACGAUCCUGGCCGAUUUCGAAGGUUUCCCAGCGUCCGACGAUUACUACGCCUGGGACAUAGACUACACCGGCCACUUCGCCAUCUACCCGGGCGAAUCCGAGACCAUCCCCAACGACACCUCGUCCGGUGACGUCAUCGUAAGCAACUACACCGGGGUGGAUUCCCAGUUAGAGUGUGUCUGGAUGCUGACCGAGCCGCAGGGAACUCGUAUCAAGGUCCGAGUGGCCGAGUUCGAGGGACCGGGAUUAAUCAUAAAGCUGGGGAACGGCCUCGAUCCUUCGGGCGUUCCAGGGGUAGUGCUUGACGCCAGCGACGGAUUCAUACCGCUGCCUCUUGAGGUGCCAUCGAUCGACUCCGGAGUGUGGAUCACACUGGAAGAGUCGUAUAAGGGCUCGUUUCGCUUUAGUUUUAAGCUCAGGCUCGUGUUUACAACAUACAACAUAACGGAAUGUGACGAGGGUCACUACCCUUGUCCGUCCGGCUUGGACUGCCUAGACAACGUCUCCCAUAUUUGCGAUGGACAUAAGGAGUGCCCCGCUUACGGGGAUGAGCUUGGUUGUGAUGAGUGCAGACGGUGGGAAUUCAAGUGCGCCCUCACGAAAGCCUGUGUGCCAGGUUACAAACUGUGCGACGGUAAUGCUGAUUGUGAGGACCACUCUGACGAAGUGAUGUGUGGGUUUUGUGGGAAUGAGACUGUCAACCUGUCUCAAAACGAGACCUACGUCCUACGGCACGACGACUCCGACGUGGCGUGCCUGUGGGUGUUCAUCGCCGCGCCUGGUCGGAAAGUCCAGGCCACCAUUCGCCAUCUGGACCGGGCCUGCAAACUGACCUUCGGGAGAGGUUACGAUUCGACAAGUCCAGUAAGGCAGGAGAUCAUUCGAGAGAUUAACGUCAACAACUACUACCAGUACACUACGAACUCAUAUCCGAGGUCUAUUACAGCAAAUGUAUCCAUUAUGUGGAUCGACAUUGAUUGUGGGUACUACUAUGCUCCGACUGGUGACGUCUUACAGGUCGACGUUCGUCAGUACACAAGCGUUGAUUGUUCUUCUGGCGAGUACACGUGCCCUUCCGGACUCAGCUGCAUCCAGGAAAAUGCACUGUGCGACGGGCGAGCGGACUGCCCGGAAUAUUUGGACGAGAUCGGUUGUGGAAACUGCUCUACGAGUGAGUUUAGUUGUCGUUCGGGGCAGGAUUGCGUCUCGGUUGAUAGCCUCUGUAACGGCCUAAACGACUGCCCAGAUUUCUCCGAUGAGUUUGAAUGUGCGCCAUGCGGUGACUCUUACAUUGACGCAUCAAGCCGUGCGUCUACGGUUCUAAUCUCACCGGGUUGGCCUGGGAGAGAAUAUCCCCGAGAUUCGCAGUGUCUGUGGUUAAUAGUGGCAGAAGUGGGAUACCGAGUCACGUUAUCUUUCCUUGAGUUUUUCCUGGAGGAAUCCUACGACUAUCUGUAUUGUGGUGACGGUGACAGGUUCCAAGACUCCUUUCUUACGGUCACAGGGAGUCGCUUCCCACUUUCCGUUUCAAGCACAAACAAUACAAUGUUCGUGAAGUUCACCUCGGAUUACUCCGUUCAAAAAAGUGGGUUUCAGCUUCAGUUUGAGCAGAAACUUGCACCAACAGUUUCCUGCGGUGAAGGUCAGAUCGCCUGCAAAGCGGACCAUCUGAUCUGCGUCAGGAACGACAGCUCCGAGCAGGGCCUCCAGCUUUGCUCUCAAGGUUCUUGUGGUAGCCGAGUUGUCUACAUCUUCGGAGAUUACGCAGAUCUAAAUUCACCCGAGUACCCGAACCCUUACCCCUCCGACAUCGCCUGUCAGUGGGAGGCCAGGUCGAAGGUCAUCCUGGUAUCGAUAAUGGAGUUUUCGACCGAGCCCUCUCGAGAUGUGGUCCGAUUUCAGGGGAGCACGCUUCACGGGGGAGAGACCGUAGCUUUUGUGCUGGACGGUAGCACCAAAGUGCGGACGAUAGCCUUCAACUCGACGUCCGUCUCCAUCAGCUUCAGUACCGAUUCCACGGUGGAGGAUAGCGGCUUUCGCCUGCGUCUGUUCAAGAACUUCUCUGCAAGCGUCAACACCUCCUGUCCCGAUCCUGACCUCUUCGAUUGCGGGGACGGUUCCUGUUUGUCCCCCAACGCCAAAUGUGACGGGUUUAAAGACUGCCAGACGAACGGAUUGGACGAACUUAACUGCGAGGAUAUAACUUGCCCCGAGUUCUACCACUGUCAAGAUUCUCUGGAGUGUAUCCACUGGCCCCUGGUGUGUGACGGCACACCAGAUUGCCCUCACCAAGACGACGAGACAAAUUCUCAGUGUGAUCAGCGGUGCCCGAGUGGCUGUCUGUGCGACGUGCAUGAAGGCACUGUUCACGUGAACUGCAAGCAUGGAUGGAACGAUUCCACACUGGCCAACCUGGUCAAGAGGACGGGCCACCUCCAACUAUCGGGAGCGAACGCCAGUACUUUAGACAAGGGUCUCUUCAAAGAUUUCUCGUACCUGAAGUCACUACUGCUGAACAACAACAACAUGCACACCAUCCAACCGGGGACCUUUUUUGGUCUGACGAAUCUCACCUUUUUAGACAUUUCCAACAACAGCAUAACCAGCAUUGACGCUAACUGCUUCCUGGAACUGCACAGCUUGGACGUCAUAAUUGCAACAGCAAUCCCCCUUCAAGUUAUUCAGGAGAAGGCCUUCGAUGGUCUGAAGAAGGUCCGAAUUAUGGUUUUGAUAAAAGGUAGUGCAUCCAAUGACACCGCCGAUGCAACCGUUAACGUCAUGGACGGCGCUUUGACGGACCUACUGAGCUUGGAAAAACUGUACGUUGACGACUAUCGUUUGUGCUGCGAGUUCGUUUCAUCAAUUGGGUUUGACGUGUCGAAUUGCAUCACUACGGAGUUGCAACCCCCGCUGAAUCUGUGCGGAAGCCUGAUGCGAAACACCCUCCUGCGUGUUGCCAUGUGGGUGCUGGGUCUGAGCGCCCUCAUUGGCAACGCGGUGGUUAUUGUCUGGAGGUGUUGCCAGGGCAAAGAAAAGGGCGGGAAAAAGACUCACUCUUUCUUGGUGCUGAACCUGGCUGUGUCCGACCUCAUGAUGGGGGUGUACAUGCUCAUGAUAGCCGUUGCCGAUAUCUACUUUGGUGAAAAGUAUUCCCGCGUGGCAAACCAGUGGCGGGCGAGUCCGGUGUGCAAGAUAGCUGGGGUGUUGUCGGUUCUCUCCAGCGAGGCUUCCGUGUUCUUCGUCACCCUGAUCAGCCUCGAUAGCUUCUUCUGUAUCGUCUUUCCCUUCAGCCGGAUCAGGCUCCGGGAAAAAUCAGCCACGAUCACCGUCCUCGUGUUGUGGAUGGCUAGCGUGGGUCUGAGCAUCGGCCCAACCGUCUUCGUGGGCUCAGACUCCGAAAUCUACGGCCUCUCUGAUGUCUGCAUUGGCCUGCCACUGUUGACAAAACCGACGAGUUACGAGAUCGAGGAGAGCGAUAUUACCAACCCAGUCGGGACCGAUACCAUCCAGGUCCCCGUGGGUAAAGGCAAGCAGCCUGCCUGGAUCUACUCCAUCAUUCUCUUUCUCGGUGUCAACUUGCUGUGUUUCCUGGUCGUCCUGUGUUGCUACGUCGCCAUCUUUGUCAAGGUCAAGCGAACUGUCUCUCGGGUGCGCAAGACCGCGCACCGCGACCAGGAGAUCAAGAUGGCGGUCAAGAUGGCGCUGAUAGUCGGGACGGACUUUGCCUGCUGGAUGCCGGUCAUCAUCAUGGGAAUCCUGUCGCAGACUGGGGCGGUGGAUAUCAGUCCGGAUAUGUAUGCCUGGAUCGUAGUCUUCAUUCUACCCAUCAACUCCUCCCUCAAUCCGUACAUGUACACCUUCUACACCGUCGCGGCGAGUCGGCGUCUCGCUAAAAGCACCGAGAGUCAAAAGACUCGAUUCACGACUGAAAUGAAGACCAAAUCUUUGGAAACUCUGCACUCAACCAUAUCAGAUACUAAAUCAUCUUAAACAUUGUGAUAUGCACAAACUUGUAAUUGCUUUUUUUUAUUUAUCAAAAAAACAAGCUGUUUCAAAUUACUCACAUUUCAUAACUUAUUCUGACACUUUUACGUGGAUUAAAUUAAUUGUCAUUCUUCUGUAGUGGGCUUUAUAGCCUUUUGACAUUAUUUAUCUGAAUUGUUGAAACUCAAAUACGUUCUACAUGCAUCCCUAUGAGAAUUGUUUUCGUUUUGC